CCAAUGUCCAAAACGUUUCCCAUUCGUGUAAACGAUGCUACAGAUGGCGCUGGCGCAAACUCAAAUGUGCCGUCUCCUUAUGACGCAACUUCUUUAGCGGUUCUGUUUCCUGGACACGUGUCUCUCGCAUCGCUCGAGCCACAUUCUUGUGCGCGUCUUCCCCGCUGGGCAUCAGUCGCGCUCGUCGUGUCCCGGCAAGCCCCCGAACGAGUGUGUCUGCCUUCACUCCUUUACGCGCGCACAGCACCGGGCAAUGUAACAUGUCACCGAAAACAAAACCCCUACAAAAAUGGGAACUUUAAAGUUUCCGCCCAACACCGUGCGCACCUGCCGACGCAUUUACCAGAAAGCCACGCGUGUCAGCAGCUCGUGUCGUGUUCCCCUCCACAUUCCGGUCGGUUCACCUUUAAUCGCGGAACCCUGCGCGGGAGUGGCUCUCCGUGACCUCGGGCUGCGCCCUGAGCCGCUGACGCGCAGCGCUGCGCACGGAUGUGCGGGUGAGGGUGAGCGCGCAUAGGUGGGAUCCGACCGGGACAAUGGGCGUGUGAGCGACGGAGGGCAAAAACAAAACACAGCCACGGAAGAACCGGCCGUAGACUUCUUGUUGUAGUGUAUGUAUAUGUGUGUGUGUUUUAAAUACAUACGAUGUCCAAGCGAGUCAGACCCGGCUACUACCGCCAAGAAGUCAACAAAACCUCAUGGGAAGUGCCGGAUCGAUACCGCGACCUGAAGCAGGUGGGGACCGGGGCGUACGGGACGGUGUGCUCAGCGUUGGACUCCAGAACAGGAGCCAAAGUGGCGAUCAAGAAGCUCUACCGACCCUUCCAGUCGGAGCUCUUCGCGAAGCGGGCCUACAGGGAGCUGAGGCUUCUCAAACACAUGAAGCACGAGAGUGUGAUUGGCCUGUUAGAUGUGUUCACCGCUGACCUCUCCCUGGACAGAUUCCACGAUUUUUAUCUGGUGAUGCCGUUCAUGGGCACCGAUCUGGGGAAGCUGAUGAAGCUGCAGAAACUGUCAGAGGAGAAAAUUCAGUAUUUGGUUUAUCAGAUGCUCAAAGGGCUCAAGUAUAUUCAUUCAGCAGGUAUAAUUCACAGAGACCUCAAACCAGGAAAUCUCGCCAUCAACCAAGACUGUGAGCUCAAGAUUCUGGACUUUGGCUUGGCGCGGCAGACCGACAGCGAGAUGACCGGGUACGUGGUGACUCGCUGGUACAGAGCCCCCGAGGUCAUCCUGAGCUGGAUGCACUACACGCAGACUGUGGACAUUUGGUCUGUGGGCUGCAUCAUGGCGGAAAUGCUGCAAGGAAAACCUCUUUUUAAAGGCAGUGACCACCUAGAUCAGCUGACGGAGAUCAUGAAAAUCACUGGAAAACCAACUCCGGAAUUCACAUCAAAACUGAUAUCUGAGGAUGCCAAAAGCUACAUCAAAAGCCUUCCAAAAUUGGAAAAGAAGGACCUUCACACCGUGUUUUCCACAACUAAUCCACAAGCUGUGUCUGUGCUGGAGCGCAUGUUUUUGCUGGAUCCGGAGAGCAGGGCGACCGCCGCCGAGGCCCUCGCGCUGCCGUACUUCACCGAGUUCAGGGAACCGGAGGAGGAGACGGAAGCGCAGCCGUACGACCACUCGCUGGACCACACGGAACAGUCGCUGAACCAGUGGAAACGUCACACCUUCACAGAGAUCCUGAGUUUCAAACCAGUUGUGCCGGAAUCCAAGGAAACCUCGCUGUGAAACACAAGGAGACGGCUCAGCAGCCUGCGACCACAACAAGCGAACAUGUCUUUUUAUUUUUUACCUUGCGAUCAAGCGGGGAAAACUCUUUGAUCACAAGGCUUAAUGAAUGACUCGGUUCUCCUCUCAGUGCAAGCUGCUGUUUUAAAAAAUUUUUUAUGACCUUGCAAUUGUGGAUUUGUCAUUGUCAUCAUGAAAUUCCGAUUUCUUUCAGCCUUUUUAUUUUGGUCCAGUCGUGUGUCUAGCAUUUGACCUUUUCAACACUUCCUACGGUACUGAGGAUAAUGUCACAUUCUUUUUUUUUUUAUAUUUGAUUAAGCGAUCAAGACAUUUAAAUUUGGUUGUAAUAUUUGACUUGUUUAUCCAAUUUCAGUUUCAGUCCGACUGGUACAUGUACGUUGUAGGAGCACAUAAUCAAACACAUUACUCCUUAGCUGUUGGUACAAAUCAAGACAGUAGACACAAUUUAGUCGAGAAAACAGAAACUGUGUGUGUGUGUGUGUGUGUGUGUGUGUGUGUGUGUGUGUGUGUGUGUGUGUGUGUGUGUGUGUGUGUGUGUGUGUGUGUGUGUGUGUGUGUGUGUGUGUGUGUGUGUGUGUGUGUGUGUGUGUGUGUGUGUGUGUGUGUGUGAGAUCUACAUGUCUGCUGUGACCUCGUCUUUCCUCGCUGUGGCCUUAAUGAUAAAGAGAUCAUUUUUGGUGGGCUGCCGCUCAGGAGUCAAAUCCAUACCAGCAGUAAAGUAGGAAAGGCACAGACAUUUUUUUUUUUUUUUUUUUAAUUUUCAAACCAAAAACUCAUUUAUACAUAUUUUAUUUCGUCGGCUUUUGUAACAGAAAACUGCACAAAACACAUUUUCCACGGUGAUUUGUGAAUUAAUGUUUCUCACACCACGUUACUGUAUUUUUAUUAUUAUUAAAAGAUUCUUCUUGAAAAUAAUGCAAAGCUUUUUUUUCAAUCGACAGUUUUGUAAGAAUACUAAUGUUAGAUGCAGAAUUACUGCACAGAAAUGUUUCUACACCAGCUCUGUAGUUGAUUGUAGUAAAAUUUGUUAAGUUGCAAGACACAGAUUUAUAAAUAAAAUGGUCCAACUAA